UAUUCGAUCCUAUGUGUAGUACGGUUGAAGUGUUGUUGUUAGUGAUACGGUGGGAAUAAUUUUCGGCCUUUUUUUUACAAAUGACUCGAUUUAAAUAAAAUUUGUAUUGUGCUUAUGUGAAAAACGAAUAUUUAAGUGAUAUUUUGUGGUAAAAUACCUUAGAGAAUUAAGUGAAGAGCAGUUUUUACAUAUUACUCAAAUUAAAAAAAUACUAAAGUGCUGAAAAAUAGACAAAGCGGUAUGUUCGAAUCUUGCAUAAAAGAAUAAUUAGUAUAAUAAAAAAUAACGCUUUAAGCAUGUAUGUAUGUAUGCAUAUGUAACGGCAAGAACUAAAACAAAAGCGAUAAAUAAACCGCGUCGCACCGAUCGAAUCAGACGAACCACUGCGUGAACCAUUUAAACUCGUCUCAUAGCGUACUAACCAAUUGAAGCAAAACGGCAUCAAAAUCAGCGCAAGCACAUAAAUACAUACAUAUGUAUGCACGUAAAUGUAAUAUAAGCAGUAGUAAUAACCGCCACCACAUCACAACAACACUAUCAGCAGCAACUAUUACAUCAACUUGGGGACCCCCUGACAUUUUCAUUUUUGUUCCUAGUCUUUUAUGGCACAGCCCGUUUUGAGUCUUUGUACCACAACGAAUACAUCAAUUCCAUUAUCUCUAGCGGCAGCAGUGGCAACGGUAGCUGCAUCCACCGCUCAAGAGUCGACAGUGCUGGUUGGCAUCGAGGAAAUCAUAGAAGCUCAACCACGACGCGCCGUGACGAAGCCAUCAUAUGGUCGUUUUGCACUGAAUUUGUGGGUAAAAUGUUUCAAUAAAUCUUCAGCUUUGCUUAAUCGCAACGUUCACUCGCCAUAAUAAGUGCAACAUGUCCGCCAUAUUAUAUCCUCAGGACUCUGAGCAGCAACACCAACAAGCACAUGAGCUCGAACUAGAUAAAAACACAUUGAAAGAAAGUUUGUGCAGCGAUAUUUGCGAGCAGUCAAGUUGCUUAAACGAUGGGUCUGCAGUUAGCCUACAAUUACCGCCAAGUAUUCCAAGUACACCUAGUACUGAUAGACACAUAAAUAAUUCCUUAAAUAUAACUACUUCCACUUCUGCGCAAUUCGAUAAUGACUGCUGCGACGAUCUCUUGAAUAGAAAAAUGGCAGAUUUAGAGUUGAAUGAAUGUGACGGCAGUCAAUGUGGAGGCGGAAGUGAUAGUGGCCUUGACACAGCGACUACAAAGUCUGCAAUGACUGUGGUAGCUGGCAGUGAUGACAAUAUAAACAGCAACAGUAAUGGCAGUAGCAGCGCCACCAAAAGCACUUCAUUGCAACGUGCGUUGAGCAGUAAUAGCGGCGGCUAUGCCAGCAGCUCGGGUGGCCUGGAUGACGCUACUAAUCGAAUGACGGCCAUGGCAAUGGAGAGUACUACAGCAAGUCAAAGCGUAUAUAUAUCUGGCAACUCUAGUUUGCUUAGCUGCUGCUCGGAAGCCGUAAGUGCUGAGUUGGCGAUAAGUACCACCACUAACGGUGCUGUGUCCUCAGCCACCCAAAGCUUUGAGUGUUAUAGUGAAAAUAACAGUGAAAGCUCAUCGAUGCUGGGUAGCAAUACUGUUGCAACAACACCUGUCCACCGUUCGAACAGUGUUAAAAGUAAAGUGCGUGUAUUCGAUACUCGCCGCGGUGGCUUUGCAACACCAGCCUCGCGAAGUAUGCGUGAGCGAGAUUGUACCAGCACACCGAUGACCACAAGCUCGACUUCUACUGGCGGCCAUUUACAAACGGGUAGUGCGACCACACCGCGUGUCCGCCCUGUUGGUGUGAAACGCACAUCCUCUUUGUCGCGUCACGUACCUGCAACAGCUGCGACAUCAACGCAGCGUCAAAUUGACAAGCAACAGUUGGCCUAUGGAGCAACCAAUUAUAACAGUAAGACUUUAAUGGAGACACCAAAUUCUUCGUUGCGUUCCACUGCGGCGCGCGCUACAAAACCGCAAAAGCCAGAUUCCUUGCCUAACACACUCAGCCGUACUCAGUCCAUGAGCAUGCAACGUCUGGUGCAGCGCACACCAUCAUUAAGUAGAGCGCGUACACCCUGUACGCCCUCAGAAGACGGCCGUUGGCCCGGCAAUGCGCGUACCUCUGGUAUUGGGGCUGGUGCGGCCAAGCGUGGCGUAUCUGUGACGCCUGAUUUGAUGUCACUAAAAAUGCGUUCCUCAAAUAUGAUGGCAUCGAUGGAGGUGAGAUCCAUGAACUCGAACGCCACUGCUAACCCUUAUAGCACUCUACCGCGCCGACGCAAACAAAAGUCCGUUGAAGACCUGACGGCGGCUCAUGAGUCGCGCAGCAGUUCAAUAACACGCGAUGUGCGUAUGACUUCGUCAGUAAUGGUCGCCACGCGAAGGAGUCUAGUCAGCGCAUUUGGCACAACUGCACCCAAAAGCAAUCAAACGCGUUCACUCAUACAGGCGCGAAAAUCACCAGCGCAGCCACCCAAGACACGUAUAUAUCAUGAGACCAGCGUUCAGACGGCACUCACUAGCGACGAUCUGGAAAAUUUAUUUGCUGGACGUACCCUAGCGACGCGGGCUAUAGAUGCCGUCGAUCAGCAAGAACAGACAACACAGACUGAUAUGCGCGACGCUGAAUUGGAGCGAUUACGGGACGAAGUGCGUCAAUUAGCGCAGCGUGAGCAUGAUCUUAGCACCAAGCUGCAACAUGAACGUGAAGAGAAGUUAGCUAUGCAGCGUGAAUUACAUUUAAAUACAGAACGUGUAAUGGGUAUGCUGGAAAUGGCGCGAAUAGCAGGUCGUAGAUGUGGCCCUCCUGGCGGCAGCGUUAGUGGAAUAAGUCUGGACGGUGACGCUACUACACCCACGUCCGAUGAAGGUAGCGGAAGUGGGCACGAUAGUCUACUAAUGUUAGAAUCACAAAUACAAAUGAGCGGUCAUGAGCUAAUCGAACGACAACACGAGAUCGGACAGUUGCGUCAGUUAUGCCGCACGUUACAACUUGAAAUGGAACGUUCACUAGUAGCACAGGAAUGUUUGCUACAAGAAAAGGCCGCCAUAGAGCAAGAGUCGAGUGAGUUGCAAGACUUUUUGCAGCACGAAAAAUCAGCAUUGUGUGAUGCAUUAAAAGAAUUGGAGAACGAACAUCAAGCUUGUAAGAAACAAAUGGCGGGACGUGAAGAAGAGGUGAAGGUUUUGCGCGACGAGUGCCGCCAUUUAGUUCGGCUUAAUGAACAGCGAAGGCAAGAGAAUCGAAUGCUACAAUCCAAAUAUGCAGCCCUAGAAAAUAAAUCCAAGGAAAUGAUGAUGCAGCAAAACUAUUCGGUUUCAGGCGCCUCUGCUGCAUUGUCGGGCCUACAUUCGCGUUUGGACAGUUUAGUUGAUCAAUUGGUCUCUACUUACAACAUAACCGAACACGACCUGGAGGACAUCGGAUUCCAGCCCGAAGCUCAACAAAUUCACAGUAAUGCAUUGGAGACGCGAUCAGCUCAAAAUGUGGACGACUGCCAUGGUCGAUCAUCGUCAAACGCUACUGCAAAUGGACUGGAAUUGUGCACACAUCCCCAACAAUUUUUGCAACAGCCGAGUGAUGGCUCUUUGUCGCCGCAAAGAAAUCAAUCAUUCAUCGCUGCCGUCAUUAGUGCCAUACGCAAUGCAACUACUCCGUCUAGUAAAAAACUGUUGGCGCGAAAUGGUAAACGCAUUAUUAUCGACAACGCUGGUGAACGUGAACCGAAUGGUCAGAGUUUAAAUAAAAACAACAACAAUACCAACUAUAACAAAUAUAAUGGCGAUGCGCAGAAUGGAGAAGGUGAUGACUCCGAUUCCACUGAAAUGCUCGAUUCGGAAACUGAACCCUGCCUAAUGAUGGAUAACGUGCUCGAAGAUGUGACUAUGCCGGAUUCACAUUCACACAAUAUGGUAUCUUCAUGUACCGGCAUUGUUUCCCAAUUGGAAAUACCAUCGGAACUUGUUAAUCCAGCUUCUGGCGAUGAGUCAUUACAUAACUUGUCGCAGGCUAUAGUAAAUCGACAGCAGAUGGAAUUGCAGAUCAGCACUAUGCAAAGUGUGCAGAAAGCGUCGUUGCAGCUAAAUCAAUGUGAGCAUGAUAAUUCAGACGAAGUUAGCUGCCACGAUUCGGUUGCUGAGAUGCCGUCCCUAAUAGAGUAUUGCACGGCCCAAGCAGUUGUUGAUCAGGUGAUAGAGGUUGAUAGUUUGGUUACAAAGUUGCUCAAAGUCCUACGCCUUAUUCAAAUGGAUAACGACAGUUGCAUACAGCAACUUAUUGUUGAUAAAAAUAAGUUACAGGAAAAUAAAGAGGAUAUGCUUGAAAAGUUAAAAGAUCUACAAGAUGUUAAUAUCAAGCUGCAAGACGAGCUAAUGGAUGCCACACAAGAGUUGCUCUUAAAGAACAACGAUCUGUCGAACACGAAAGCGGAAAUGCAGCGACACCGCAACGAAAUCGACCGUCUAACGCAGGACAUUUGCAAUUUGAGCACGCUCUGCAGCAAUUACAAGAAACUCUCACCGACCGUUGAGUUUUCGCCCUUGCAACAACAACUGCUUUGCCCCACCCAAUCACCAAUAAACAACAUUGCUGGCGAAGAGGACGGCACACAUGAACGAGUAGCAGAAAACGAUGCGGAUAGCAUUUUGAAUUUGCUGAAAAUGUGGCAGACAGAGGGCCAAUUCAAGCAUUUUAAAAUCCAUAACUUUCUCAGUACGAUUAUAAAAACUCAAGAGAGUAUGUUAGAGCAAAAGCAGGACAACAACAAUAAUGAACGGCUACGUAUAUACGCCAAUCAAUUGGAGAAUGUAUUGUCGGUACUGCAAGCAUUGGAGCAAUCGACGAUAAAUUAUCCGGAUUUGCAAAAGCUACGCUAUGACAUUGAGAUAGUUAAGACGAAUGCAAAUUGGGCAAAUAUAAUUGCGGAUCGCGCUGAUGUGAAGAGCAAUAAUGAAAUGCUGUCGACAGCUGACUGUAAUACCAACAACGGGGAUGUAAAUGCCAAUGCGGCAAUUGGAGAGAAGGAAGUCAAUUGAUAUAUUACCUAAUAGCUUAACACAUUGGAAUACGAUGAAUGCAAUAGGAACUAGAAACAGUCAAAUAAUGUUGUCUAGAUGAGACUACAGAAAGAGAAAUUCGCGCCACGCCAUCCAAAAAAAUGUCCAUUUACAUUUAUUAACUACUUAGCAUAACUUUGAUUAUUGCAAAUUAGAAAUUAAGUUGUGUAGUGCUGGGAUGCUAAAUAAGCCAAUAGUUCUGGUAGCUUAAAUUCAAAUUGUAGUCGAAAAUUGUUUGCUUGACUUCUUCAAGAAGUUUCAAUAGUUGUUUAGAGCAAAUAUGAACAAGCGAAUUUACGUACAUAUUUAUGAGUAUUUUCGAGGAACUGAAAUAUUGUGAAAUACUGUUAUUGAAAAGUGGGAAACUGAUGAAAUGCAAUUUUUUUCUAUAUCGAAAAACAACAAAAUUAAAAAAGAAAAGAAAAUGUAAAAUCUGUUUCUCAGGCUUUUAAAAUUAUUCUAAAAAGUUGUUAGUUUUGACUUUGCACCGAAAUAUGUACAUAAGUAUAUUCCGUGAACAAGUUUCUAUGAACUUUCUCAAAACUCUAAAAUAUUGUGUUACCAGUAUUCACCAAAGUUUCAAAGAGUACAGCUUUUACUAGAGAAAUUAGUUGGUAUCAAAAAGAUCAAAUAAACUGAAAAUUUCCUCGAAUCCGUUCGUUAUAGGUAAUACACAAUAAUUAUAAUAAAGCGUAAUAUCGCAAAAAACAACAAAAUUGCCAGUAAUCGAAAAAUGAGAUUUUAGUGCAUGAGAAACGUUUCAUCACAAUUCUUCUUCAAUGGACUAAUGUUUUUGUUUUUACCAAAAACUACUAAAAUAUUGGGUAUCAAUCAGUUUCAAAUACGGUGAGCCUACAACUCUACGAGUAUGUACUUAUUACGCCUUCCUUGGAGUUCAUUUCACCGAUUCACUUCGCUAAGGAGAUAUUUUUCACUGAUUCGCUGCACGUAUUUGUAUAUAACUCAAAAAGUUAUGGGAAUCCCAACAUGAAACUUGCAUAGAUUACUGAGCUAGUCUAAGUUUUAUUAAAAAAAGUAGUAAACAAUUCUGUACAAUUGUUCAUAAUUAGCAAAAAAAUGUGUCCCAAAAAAUUUCCAGCAAAAAAUGUUAAUUAUUUUCUCAAAUAUUUCAAAUUGAUAUCUCUGUCAUAAAUUUUGCGAAGUUACUUACAUUUGGUACAAAUUAUGAGUCCAAAAAAGAAAUAUGAUCCAAGUAAAAUUUUGAAAAACGGGCAUUGACGGCUCCACCGCAUUUACAUAGAUCCGACCUAAAUAUUGAGAUCCGAUAAAAGCCAUACCCACUUAGUAUAUGUUAAGACUAAAUUUCCGUCCGUCCGUCUGUUGUUACAAGCAAUAACUCAAGGAAAAGUUCAGAUAUUUUUGUGAAACUCGGCGAGUACAUUGCCCCUGACACAAGAUGAGUUUCUAUGGAGAUUUACGAAAUGGGCCAAUAAAUACGCCUAGUGUCCGUAUAACGACAAUUUUUAGCUACUGAAAAGUUUUAAGCUAAUGAA